AUGAAAUUAGAAAAAAAAGAUGAAGUUGUAUUUUUCAUUUGUAGUCCAUAUGAAAUUCGAGCAUAUAAUGAUCAAUUAUUACAACUUGAACGUGCAUUUCUAAAUCCAUUAGGACAAGGCGGUGAUUAUACUGAUUUCAAACAUAUCAUCUAUGCACCAGUUAAAAUUAAUAAAUAUGCAGCAGAUGGUUUUCCUGCUAUUAGUGAUGCGAUUGUCAGUGGUAAUUCAACAGAAAUCGAAUAUCAAGUAGCAAUAGCUACUUAUUUUAUACGUGGUGCUUUAUCUACAUUAAAAGAAUUUCAUAAUUUUUUUUCAUAA